CUGCUUUAAGGUCGGAAGAUCCGCACACAGGUUCCCGCCUCAACCACCUCUCCAAAAACCCUACCCUCACCUAACUCCGACACCACCGUAGGCUCCUCUCAUCUCUAUUCCUAGACUUCGAACAGAUGCCACUAAUCCAUUGAUGACUGGAGAUAGCUGCAGCUUAGUGUCCAAGGAAACGCGUCUCCCUUUGUGUGAUAUGACUAAUGUUCCAAGCAAGAGAGGAAUCUCCUCGAUUCUGGGUGAUUUUCUUUUGAAAUCUGGGGAUGAUGCUGGUAAAAGCGUUGCUCGUGAAGGCUCAGGGGUUAAGUUUUCCAAGAGGUUGUGUUUAGUUGUAGACGACUUGGUCAAGGAGAGUACUAGGACUUGUAGUGAUGUAAACAAUGGUGACUCACCUGUUGUUAAUGGUGCUGAUUCUGAGAAUUUGGAUGUGAAAGAGUCUCAGGGUGAGACCAAUGCAGUAGAUAUUGGUGUGGUGGAACUUAGUCAGAGAGAGUGUGAUGAGAAGGACUCGAAUGUUGCUGACUUUUCGAGUCAAACUGAUCCUGUUACUGUUACUGAAGACUUGACAAUGACUGUGUUGAGUAGAAGCAAUUGUGUAAGUGAUGACAGGUUGCCUAGUUCUGAGACUAUCAAGCCGUUUAAUAUGAGCAGAUGUUCGGCUGUUGACAAUAUGGGGAUGGUAAACCAUGAUAUGGAUGGUGAUGAUGAGCUUAAAUCAUGCUCUUGUUCCUUUUGCCUGAAAGCUGCGUAUAUAUGGUCAGAUCUUCACUACCAGGAUAUCAAAGGUCGAUUAUCUGUGUUGAAGAAGAGCCAGAAAGAAGCUAGUAGCUUAAUCCGAAGGAAUGGUAAAGCAAGGCCAACGGAUGUUUAUGGAUCUGAAAACUCCAAUAAUUCAACAAAUGUAGAGUUUGAUGUCAUGGGUCAAUGGACAUCUCUGUUUCUUAACAUGGAGGGUAUCUUGGCUCGUGAAAGCAGCCACCUUCAGGAUAGCUUUGUAACCAUGAAAGAGUUGAGAGAAAAUUGCAAGAUUGAUUUGGAGAGAGCGACGAAAACACCUCAACAGAACAACACUUAGGUACUGCUGUUGUUUUUUUCAAAAAAAUUACUGGUUUGAACUUUGGAGGGCUCUGUAAACCUUUGAAGCAACUCAUGUAUGUAUCAUAACUUUCUAUUGUCAUUCGAUUAUUGCAUCUUUGUUACUUGUUAGUUUAUUGCUUCUCUUAGCAAUUUGUCUGUUCUUUAAGAAUUGUUGUUACCAUAUCUCAUUGUCUCUUGAGCAUGUCUUCAUAUGGUUUUUCAU